AAACAAGCGAUUUGUCGAUAUUUGCAUCACAAUUCGCUAAACACUUCGUUCGUUAAGAAGUCCAAAAACCCAAAACUAUCAAAAUGUUCAAACUGUUCGCUGUCUGCUUCUUGGCUGUCUUCGCUGGUGCCUUCGGCGCUGCUAAACCCGGUCUCUUGGCUGCUCCAUUGGCUUACUCCGCUCCAUUAGCCGCUGCCCCAGUUGCUGCUGCCUAUGCCGCUCCAGUCGCCGCUGCUUACUCCGCACCCCUCGCCUACACCGCAGGAUAUGCUGGUUAUGUCGCACCCUACGCCAGCAGCUACUCAGCUCACUCCAUUGCCCACUCCGCCGCUUUCCCAGCUGCCUAUGCCGCCGCUCCAGUAGUCGCCGCUCCAGCGCCAGUAGUUGCUGCUGCCCCAGCUGUUGCUGUAUUGAAGAAAUAGAUGCACAACAAGGAACAUUUUGUUUCAAAAUCAUAAAGGACUGAGCAAAUAUGAACUGAAUAAAAACCAUAACAAAUAAUUUAGUGCAUUCUUA